AUGGAUCAUGACAUUGAUGGAUUAAUUCAUGAUGUUUUUGGAGUUCAUCUGACAGAAGAUCAAAUUUCUGGUAAAGGUGAAAGAAAUCCAGAAGUUGGAGAAAGUACUAAGUUUUACCAAUUGGUGAAGCAGAAUGAAGAAAUGCUCUACCCAAAUUGUAAAAAGUACAGUGAACUAUCAUUUAUGGUGCAUUUGUAUCAUUUAAAGUUUCUUAAUAGAUGGAGUGACAAGUCAUUCUCUAUGUUACUAGAUUUACUUAGAGAUGUUUUACCAGAAGAAAACAUUUUUCCAAAGUCAUACUAUAAAACAAAGAAGAUAAUUUCAAGGUUAGGUUUGGGGUAUGAGAAGAUACAUGUUUGUCCUAAUGAUUGCAUAUUAUGCCGAGAUAAAUAUGUCAAAGACCAAAUAUGCCCAAAGUGUGGUACUUCAAGGUGGAAAGCAACAAAUGAAGAUGUACACACUAAUGGAAUUGAGACUUAUAAAAAGAAAAAGAACUUACCAGCAAAGUGUUACUGA